AUGACUGAAGGUUCAAAAGCACUGUGUGAUGUCCUCACCGUUGCCGAGCAAGUGACAAAUUGUGCCAAUAACCUGCCAGUGACACCGGAAUCGCACCACGCCACUGUGUACAGAUUGUGCUAUCAAGCCUCCUUGCUGUUCGUCCGUUUGGCAGCUAUCCAAAAUGCAUCCAGAUACUCGUUCUUCACAGACUCAAUUGAAGGGGUAGGAACUGCUGACUACAACCCUCAUACUAGACCUGCGGCUCUAAGUCUGGAUGGGGAGAGUCCUGCACAAGUAGCAAUUAUGACAUGCUACAGCUGCGCCAAGGGGCUGGAAGACAACAUUCGUAGAAUAAUCAAUCCUCUUUCACGCACCCAGCUGCAGUAUUCAGUAAACCAAAUUCUCAGGCCGGACGACACUUGGUAUUCAUUGGCCGGAAGCAUUUGGAAUUAUGUCAAAAUAGUUGCGCCUGAGAUAGCAACUGAAGUAGAAGAGGAACUUCGAGCAGAGGGCACUGAAACUUCUGCGUCCCCCCACACCUUGUGGGUUCGUUUAUGGCGCAAUCGCUUCAAAGAGGAAGAUCGAAUUGACCCUGCUCCAUGGCAAACCAACCUCUGGAACAUCCCCGAUAGUGUGCAACUCCCUGAUGAGUUCCACGAAAUGGAGCAGCACAGCACUCAACCAGAGGGUCAAAACGAGUGA